AUGGAACAACCAGCCAUGUCCUGGCCGGAGCAACUCCCGAGUUCGCUGCCAGCGCCCAGUGAGGAGGAGUUUUCGAGUUAUCUCGACUUCAAUAUGCCGUUUACCGAUAUCGAGCACGGACCAGGGAACAUGCAGCAUUCUCCUCUGCCCACUUCCGCUCCGGACUCCAUGGCCCAGUUGCGAUCAACCGCCAUGCAGUACUCAGGCCAGAUGGAGGGCCUGGCCAUGGAUUUUGGAGACUCACAGUCGCAUAAUCAAUUGCCCUAUUCCACACCCCAAAUGACCCCGGGCUUUUGCGCCCAGGAGCCCUCCCCCAUGGCGCAACCCCGAUCCCAUCACUACAUGCAGAACCACGGCAUGAUCCCUCCCACCCCGAAUAGUGUGGAGAUGCAUGGCAACGCUGCUCGCUAUAACCAGCGCGUGGAUGGCACUCCAGAUUUCUACGAAGGGCUUUCACGCGCCAAUGAAGAGCAGGUUGGCUCUUUACACCCCCUCGUGUCACCGGCUAUGACCCCUCUGGAGAACCAAUUCCGACUCCCUGAAUACACCAUCCCCGGCGAAUACUUCACCCCGCUCACCUCCCCGGCCUUGGAGGCCCAAAAUGCCGACCACAGUGGCUACCAGUUCCAGGCCAGACAGGUGUCCGAUGUAGGCUUUGUGCCCACCACCGCGGAGUCACAUUCCCUGGCCGCCAUCGCGCCGGGCUCCCCCAAUACUCUCAGAAAACCCAACACCCGCCGACGCGGAUCGACAGCCUCCACGCGGUUGAGUACCGCGCGCAAGGUCAAACAAUCACCCAAUAUCUUAGCGCAGCGCAAGCGCAGCACAUUGGCCACCAAUUCAGAGGAAUUCUACAACAGUCUCACCCAGGAGUUGAAUGCCACCUCCACAAAAUUGCCAAACCAGGAUAUUCGUUCGCUCCAGGCCAGUAGUAAUGAGGCUUCCGGCCAGGACUCUGUCUCCCCGGAGCCAUUGUCAGAACCGUUGAUGCCACCACCCGCACUCCCACCCCCACGGAUCUCUCCCGCAAUCACCCCUCAGUCAUCCUCCCCCGGUGGUGCGGCCACCCCAGCGCUGCUCAUGCGCAUUCAGCGGAGCCAGCAUGCACAGGACCCCUCGGGCCAGUUCCGCGGCCAAGCCCAGCUGGCCGAACCCGAGUUUCCCGAUGAAAUCAUGGAGGAUAUCUCUCUCCCUGAGGCCGCGGCUCCUCAGCAGCAGCGCCCCAAGCCCAGUCGGAUCGAGACUGCCAUACGAACACCGUCGAUUUCGACCGGUGGCACCCCGCUGUUGGCUCCCUCGCCUGCGGCGUAUGACCACCACUCAAAUAUUUCCCUUGCCCCCAGUCCACGCUCAGGCGCAAUGGCAUCUCCCAGCGGGCCGGUCCCUAGGAGGUCAGAGUCUAAAGCGGCAUCCAAUCGCAAACGAGGCAGUUUGAGUUCCACACACGCCAGUCCGCAAUUGCGACCCAAGAUCAGUCCCAGCAUUCAGCCCCUGGUAAAAGGCAACGAGGGCAUGUCGCAAGAUGCCAUGUACCUGGCAUCCAAGUCCAACUACCAGCACAUUCUCGACGGAACCCUUCCGUCCGGUGUGAGCUAUCCGGAGGCUUUGGCCGAGAAUCUCAGCUCCAAGCGCACGAACCACAAGCUCGCCGAGCAGGGACGUCGCAACCGAAUCAACACGGCCCUCAAGGAAAUUGAGCAGCUCAUUCCUCCGCAAUUUAUCGAGGCCCGCAAUGCCAAGGAGGCUGCGGAAUCCGGUGGUAAAAGCAAUGAGAAGGAAAAAGAAAAAGAAAAGGCCAAUCAGACCAUCAGCAAGGCCACAGCUGUGGAGAUGGCCAUUGACUACAUCAAGGCACUCAAGAUGACCUUGGAUGCCACCACUGCCAAGCUGGCAGUGGCUGAGGCUCAACUGUCUGGCGAAUCCAAGCAACCUACAGAAAAGCCUCUCGCCUCUCCAGCUGCGACCCAAAAAACGUCCAAUGAUGGCGCAGAAACGAAAAGCCCAGCAUGA